UCACUGCUUAGUCCACUGUCUUGUCUGGUGCGAUGCAUCUGGACAGCAACUGCCCACAACCCAAGUUGGGCAACUCUUCAGCACUAAAAUUAAAACAUGUUUAGAAGAUCUUCCCACAGCGCCAAACCAACUCUACUGAUCUGGGACAAGAAAAGGAACAGGCAAUGACAAAGGGCAUUUGCUUCCUUCCUGCAAGUGCAAAUUGACUCAUUCACUGCUCAGCAACCUAAACUAUGUUCAGCUACAAGAUGGAGGGACUUCCAGGUCUUCUGCUAAGGCUGAUGCUGACAGGUCUUCUGGUGUCUGCCAAUACUUUCUCACCUUCAGCACAUGGAAUUCCAUUCUUCGAAAAGCCUAACAAGCCCGGAAAACUGGAAGAGGAGGUGAAGGUGCAAGGAGAGUCCCUCAGCAUAAAGGGCUUCUGUUCACAACAAAAGAAAGUCUGGUGCAAAGGAGAUCUGCUGAAGGAAUGUAACCCUACAGAGUCUCCUAGCCUCUCAGGCCCAGGGUGGAAAUAUCUGACUACUGAGCCAAACCAGAGGGUUGUACUACAGGAUCUGAAAAAUGGCUGUUUUUCUUUUCUGAUGUCAGCUCUCCAAGUAGAAGAUUCAGGGAUAUACUUGUUUGGGAUCACCGAUGGCUUGAAUAUUGUCCCUUUAAGAAAAAUCAAAGUCAUUGUUCGAAAAGGCCUUCUUGCACCUAACAAUACUUUCUCACCUCCAACACCCGAGGUUCCAUUCCUCAAAAGCUCUAGUAAGCCAGGAAAGAGACUAGAAGUUGUGAUGAAGGUGCAAGGAGAGUCCCUCAGCAUAGAGGGCUUCUGCUCACCGCAAUAUUUGCAACAAGAGGGAGUCUGGUGCAAAGGAGAUCUGCUGCAAGAAUGUAACCCUACAGAGCCUUCUAGCCUCUCAGGCCGAGGAUGGCAGUAUCUCACUUCUGAACCAAGCCAGAAAUUUGCACUACAGGAUCUGGGAAAUGGCUGCGCUGCUUUUUUCACAACAGCUCUGCAAGUAGAAGAUUCGGGGAUAUACUGGUUUGGGGUUCUUGAUGGCCUGAACAUCACCCCUUUAAGAAAAAUCAAAGUCAUUGUUCAAAAAGGGCAGCAAAAUUACGGGACUGUGACAGAAACCAGUGAAAAUGAACAAAGACUUUAUCACAUUGUCUUAGUCCUGGUUUCCAUUGCGGUUGGCAUAACAAUUAUUGCAGCCCUCAUAUUAGUUGUCACAAUGCUCAUCAAGAAGAAAACAAGAGAUACAUGAAAGCACUGCUACCGACAAUCCUUUGGACAAAGAAACAAACGCGGUAUACGCCAUAUUGAAGAAGCCAAUGACAGAGGAUGUGACAUAUGUCAACAUGAAGUUCCCAUUAAGGUCAAGUUUCAACAAAAACCCCAGUGAGCUUUCCUCUCCAGGAGAGUGCUCUCCUGGUGUGAUCUCUUCAGGAUCUGUGAAGUAUGCAAAUAUCAUAUUUGGUUCACAGGUUCCACAUACCAAGGACUAAAGACAAACUAGAUGUAUAAAUUCUAGAUCUCCAAUUGUGAAAUUCAAUUCUGAAACAAAGGUGGAAGCUGCAUUUGGCUGAGAAUUAAAAUUAAAAGCUAUUUUCCAAAUGCCCCUUUAACUUCUUAGGAAUGUUGAACUAAUAUUCAUUAUUGUAAGACCUGAUAGUGGACCUGCUACCAGCUUUUAGAUCAGCCUAUCCGGAACUUGUAUGCAUGUCAGUUCACAUGGGCAGGUACUCCCAUGAAAGUAGCUUUGACCCUAUGAGAUGGAGACACAUUUGCUUGAACCAGUCUGUGCACAGGAAAGCAGCCACCAUCUCUAGCAGUGAAUAGCAUGGAUGCAACAAUCAAGCUACAGUGGUACCUCGGGUUACAAACACUUCAGGUUACAAACUCUGCUAACCCGGAAGCAGUUGCUCCGGGUUGCAAACUUUGCUCCAGGAUGAGAACAGAAAUCACACAGCGGCGGCAUGGCGCCAUUAGCGAAAGCACGCCUAAGGUUAAGAACAGUUUCAGUUUAAGAACAAUUUCGGGUUAAGAAUGGACCUCCGGAAUGAAUUAAGUUCGUAACCCGAGGUACCACUGUAAUGUGCUUUUGCUUUCCCAUCAUACCAGGCUCCCAAGUCCAGUUCUCAUUCAUGUUAUGGAUGGCUUAAAAUCCUGUUGUUAAAAAUGUAACAGGAGUUAUAGCAUGUAGUGCAUGUAUGAAUAAGUGCUCUUUGUAUAAGAAAGCAUUGGACCAUUUUUUCUCAACAAUUGGACGACAGCUUACAAAUCUGGGAAGGGACAGGAGAUAUUCGAGUUAAAUGGUUGUACUUAGCUUUUAAGUUGUGAACAUCUAAGGUCAAACCUAAUUGCAGCACAUUCUGUACAUUUAAACACUCAAGCAUUCUUUUUUCACUUGGGGGAAGAAGAGUAAAGAGGCCCAGUUUUAUCUCCAACACUGGAAGUGUUUGAAGAUGUGAACGGCACUUGUGAAGAGCCGUGCGGAGACCCAUGGCAGGGAAGUUUAGUACCCUGUACCCUAAUACCAUUAUUAUUGGUUGUUGCUGUUGUUAAUUGUUUUGCUAAGCUCAAGUUGCAUCCCCACCACACCCUUUGAACAUGACAAAGGAAGCGUUGUGCUUUAAAAUGCAGA